AUGACCCAGUCAUCUUCUGCUAACAUUUCAAAUAACCGUACGGAAGAAUUGGUGAAUUCGACAAAUCUGGUGUCGGAACACAACUCAGGAGUACUUAUUCCGAAUUCAAGUGUUCCAAAUUCUACUACUGAUAUGAUCUCAAAUAACGCUAUAAAUGAGAGGGUUGUCAGUAUUGCUGAAAUUCCAAGCUCGUAUCAAACAGAUGGCGUCAUAAGCACUCGUCAAUUUUCACCCAUCGUAAUGGAUCCGCCUAAUUUGUCGCAGGCUUCAUUAAGUAAUGACGCAAUUGGGCAACAAGGAACAAUAAAAAGGGACACCGAGACUGCAGCAACCAAUUCCAAUAGAAAUUCAUUACCAUUGCUGCCAAGUCGAUGUUUGAAACGACGAAACGAUAGCGCAGAAGGUCAACAAUCAUCGAAACAAUGCAACGGAUUUGAUAUAAAACAAUUAUCAUGGAGUAAAAAUUUUGAAAGGUAUUCUGGAAUGCAACCAAUAUCACCAAGUCCAUUGCAACAACAAUUACAACUAACCGCCAUUUCUACAUCUACAUCUGUUGUAGAAGCGCAAAUUUUACCUAAUUCAUCACAGGUUGCAUUAAGUGAUGACGCAAUGAGCCACAAAGAAGCAAUAGAAAAGGAUGCCGAAAUUGCAACCAAUACCAAUGGAUAUUUAUUACCAUUUCUGGCAUCUUCAAAAGUUUCACUAAUAAGUCGACAAAGCGACAGUACAGAAGAUCAAUCGUCAAGACAAUGGAACGAAUUCGAUGCAAAAACGUAUUCCGAAUUGCAACCAAUGUCACCAAGUCCAUUGCAACAACAACCGCAACUAACCGAUUUUACAUCGAUUUCGCAUUCCACUGAAUCAGCAUCGAAUCAGAUGAUGCAAUGUGGCAAUAACACUCUUGGAAGUGAAAUAUCAAACGGUAUGCACGCCGAUAUAUUGUUAUGCUCGGAAUUUGAUCCGCGCAAUAUGAUUCAAGAGUUCCCGAAUACUUAUUCUUCAGCAGCAAUACCACUAGGAUCAACACUAGGGAAUGAAGCUUUUCAAACGUAUUCCGAAUCGCAACCAAUGUCACCAAAUCCAUUGCAACAACAAUUACAACCAACUGAUUCCACAUUGAUUCCAUAUCCCACUGAAUCAUCUUCAGUUCAUAUGGAGCAAUUUUUGAGCGGCUAUUUCCAUGGCGCUCUUGGAAGUGAGAUGUCGAAUGAUAUACACUCCGAUAUACCGUCAUGUUCGAAAAUUGAUCCACCUAAUACGAUCCAAUCUCCCUCGGCUAAUCGUCCUCUAACGGCAAUACCGAAGUAUGAAGAAAAAAAAUAUUACGUACUGAAAGCAUGCGAUCAAUCGUAUUCAACUGCUGAAACAAACAAUAUAGCAACGUAUAUCGGAUUUCAAGAACCACAAUCUUCACAGCAACCUAUUCUGAAUUUUGGUAUUCUGAUGGCUGAAGAUUAUUCAAUGAAUGAGCAAUAUCAAGCGGGAUCAAAUGAAGGACAAGCAAGAAUAUUCGAAUUGCAGGAAAAUCGACCGGAAAAUAAUAUUAGACGACCAACCACAGCAAUAAAAGAAAAGUCAAAAAGUCUUUGCGUUGUUUGUGGUGAUAAAGCAUCUGGUAAUCACUAUAAGGCAUUAACCUGUGAAGGAUGCAAGAGCUUCUUUCGACGAUCGAUGCAGAAGAAAGAGCAGUACAAAUGUAACCGGGAUGGGAAUUGCCCAAUAACGCCGAAUACCAGAAGUAAAUGUCAGAAGUGUCGUUUAAUAAAAUGUCUCGAAAUGGGAAUGGAUCCGAAUUCUGUGUGUAGGAAGGAACAAGAAUAG